AUGGCGAAACCUACGAUCCUCACCUUUCACGGCUCAGGCAGCAACGACACAAUCCAUUCCCUUAGGCGUGUUUUCUCCAUCUACCUCGUAUUCCUUGGCCACACACCCAUGUCAAAGAAAAAGACCUCAACUAACAGCAUGCAAACAGGCCCCAUAGAAUCAGCCGCCGGCCCCGGCGUCCUCCCCUUCUUCGACGGCUGCGGCCCCUUCUACCGCUGGGUGCCCCCCAGCGAAGCCCUCUCCGCCGCCAAAAUGCGCGAUUUAAGCACCCUCACGACUGAACUGCUCCCAGAAGUCUCCUCCCUCGUCAAAUCCGCCGUUGCCAACGCUAAGGCCAGAGGCAGCGAAGUCGUCGGCGUUAUCGGCUUCUCACAGGGCACGCGCGUGGUCGCGGGUCUUUUAAAAGCAGCGCAGAUCCGAAGGGAGUUACUGAAAGAAGGGAAGGCGGAGGGUCUAGAGUGGUGCGAUUUCAAAUUUGGAGUGAGUGUCUGUUCGAGUUUUCCGCCGCCGUUGGUGCCGGUUGAGGUUGUUGAGGCUGUGAAGAAGUGUGGGUUGGACGAGGCGAGACAGAAGGAGAUGUUAGAGGCGAAGAUUACGCUUCCGGCGAUACAUAUGCUCGGGAAGCAGGAUGAGUGGCGAUGGGCGGGGAAGCUGCUGAUUGAGAGCGCGUAUGAGGUUGAGUCUGAGCCGAAGGAUGAGGUGGAGAAGGGGAAGAAUGGAGUCUUUGAGUUUGUCAUGGGGCAUCAUUACCCUGUGCAAUCGGAAGACACAGAGAAGGUUGCGAACUGGGUGAUAGGGACGUGGGAGGAGACGAAAGGCUUAUAG